CCUUCAUUCUUUUUCUUCAUUCUUCUUACUUUUUUAACCUUCCUCUCUUUUUCUCUCCACUCUAUACACACACAUAAAAACAAAGAAAAACACCAUCAACCAUGUCUCUUCUUCGUCUUGCUGCCCGCCCUGCUGCUCGUCUGCGCCUUGUUGCUGCUCCCCUCUCCACUGGUGUGCGCCACCUCUCCUUCAAACCUAUCUACGUAGCUGAGUCCACCGUAAAAGGCGCCAGAGAUGGACGUCUCACGACCAAGACAGGAAACCUGGACUUGAAGUUAGAUUUGCCUAAGGAGUUUGGCACCAAAGGCGGACCAGGCACUAACCCCGAGGAACUUCUCGGAGGCGCUUAUGCUGCUUGCUUUGGCGGUGCUCUUGCUGCAGCUGCCAGGGAGCUCAAGAUCAAAUUGCCCGCCGAUACCACGAUCACUUCAUUUGUCAGCGUCGGACCGAAGCAGCCAAAGGGGUUCCAGCUCGCUGUGGAACUGAGAGUUGCUAACACUGGACUCGAGGGUGAGCAAUUCGAGAAGGCGAUUGACGUUGCUCACCAGAUCUGCCCCUUCAGCCAUGCCCUCAAGAACAUUGAAGUCAAGACCGUCAAGGCUUAAAGGAAUAGAAGACAAAGAUAAAUAAAUAAACAAACAACAGAUGUCUUCUGCUGUCAAGGAUGAACAUAAA